GCCAACCGCCAAUAAACACCAAAGAAGAAGAAGAAGAAGAAGUUCUCGCGAGACUUCCCCUCCCUGUGUUGUGUUGUUUUCUCUGCACGUAAUAAUCGUGACAUUGGUGUAGCACCGGCUCUAACCGGAGAUCUUCCUCUCUCUUACCGGAGAUCUUCCUCUCUCUUACCGGAUAUCUUCCUCUCUCUUACCGGAGAUCUUCCUCUCUGACCGGCCUCCGGACCGCCGCGGAGACUUGAUGACAUCCAAGCCGAGAGUCCAGAGCAAAGUUUCCCGGAUGGCAGGGCUGCAGCAGGCGCAGGAUCAGCUGCAGGAAGCCAUCGGGGGGGUGAGGAGAGCUGAGCAGCAGCUGAGAGAGAGCAGCCAACAGGUGCGCGGCCAGGUGCAGAGCUCUGUCUCUCGGCAGCAGGAGGCUCUGCGCUGCAGGGAGGUCUGGCUGCUGGGACAGGUGCACCUGCUGGAGACCCUUCAGAACGAGAGCCUGCAGACUCACCUGCUGCACCUGCACCGGCUCCAGGGUCAGUUUGAUGUCCUCCAGCAUCAGAUGCAGAACUCCACCUGCAGCAAAGAUCUGAAGCAGCAGCUCAGCCUCUGCAUGGAGAGCUUGUCCUCUCUCAGUCUGACACCAGAGGAGAGUCUCUGCUUCACCGCUGACACACACUCUCUGAGGAGCGCCAUCACCUCCUUCGGCUGUGUGUUUGCUCAGGUGGGGGAGGGCGUGGCCUCUCAGAGCUGUCCAAUCACUGCCAAGAAGCAGAAGGUGGAGAGAGAAAGCAGCGCUCCCAUUGGCUGUCUGCCUCAGGAUUGGCUGAUGUCUGAGACCCAGACUUCCUGUCCCGCCCCCCCUGACUUCCUGCUUGGUUUGGAGGCGUGGCUUCUGCAGAGGCAGCGCUCUGACAGCAGCUGCUCCUCCUUCUGCAUCGAGGACGUGGACCAAUCAGAGCUCAGCAGGGAGGAGGAGGAGGAGGAGCUUAGCAGCUGGCUCAUUACCCCCCCUGCCCCCCCCCUGAAGAACCCGUCCGAGGGUGAGCGAUGGCUCUCCGUGUUGAAGCCGUUCCAGGAUGGCUGGGUGGCCUCUGAUUGGCUGCUGGAGUCUAGCCCCGCCCCCUCUGACUGCACUUCCUGCUGCCAGACCUCCAGCCCCCCCCUCGAGAUCGAGAACCUGGGGAGGCUCCGGUGCCUGAAGACCCCCCCUAAUGUGGCUCCUCCCCCUAGUGUGGCCCCUCCCCCCAAUGUGGCCCCUCCCCCCUCCCUGGAGGCGUGGCUUCAGCAGGCCCCUCCCCCCUCCCAGUCCUCCUGCAGAGCUAAUGAAGUCUGCGCCUCCUUCUCCUCCUGCGUCUGUGAGGAGAACUGUGGGGGAGCGGCUCUCAGCCAAUGGCUGCUGAGGAAGGAGGGGCGGGACAAGAACGGCAAGAAGGCCCCGCCCACUAACCAGGAGACCACGCCCACUAACCAGGAGGCCUCACCCAGUGAGAAAGAGACAACACCCAGUGAAAAGGAGGCUCUGCCCAUUGAGAAGGAGGCUCCGCCCACUGAGAAGGAGGCUCCGCCCACUGAGAAGGAGGCUCCGCCCACUCAGAAGAAGGCCCCGCCCCCCCUGCACCACCAGCAGCAGGAGCAGAAGGUGCAGGCCAUCCUUCAGGCCUGGCUGCACCCCCCCUCCUCCUCCUCCUCCCCGCCCUCCUCUUCCUCCCCCUUCCUCCUCCCUCUGGACCCUCAGCAGUGGGUUCAGAGCCGCUCCCCCCCCCCCCAGGAGGAAGAGGAGGACAAGUGGCUGCUGAGGAAGAGGAGCCAGGCUCAGGUGAGACACUGGAUCAUAUACUUUUAUUCUGAAAAUAUAUUCUAUUAAUGCAUUUUUAGAAUAUAUUUGUAU